GUAAAUCUAACCUAGUGUAAUACACGUGUUUUCGUGUUACGGAAAAUUCAAUAAAAAAAAAAAAGCAAAAAAAAGAAGAUACGUUUAUAUUUAAAAAAUCAUGUUAAAAUUAAAAUAAUUCUAAUAAUUUUUAAAUAUAAUAAUAUUACAAAAAUGUCACGAAUUGCUGAUACACGGGAAAUUAUAGUGACUAGUGACAGUAAUAAUGAACAUUGGAAUGCUGCCGUGUGGGAUCAUCGGACAGGUUCUAUUUUAUUGACCUACAAAAAUGCCGGUACUCUUGGUCAUCGAACUCUUCAACUUUUAAAUGAUAGUUAUAUAGUAGGAGCUGAUUUAACAAAACCGCGUAUAUACGUUUGGCCACUCAACGAUCACUCUCCUGUGUCUAACCUCAGAUUAACAACACCGGGUAAAGUUACUGCUUUGAAAUUUACACCGAAUAGUGCCUACAUUGUUGCAGCAAUUUCUGAAAAAUUAUUUAUUUGGCAAUCUUGUAACGGACGAUUGCUAAAAAAUUUAUCACAACAUUAUCAAACAGUGAGUUGUUUAUCGUUUACUAAAGACGGUUCAAUUUUUGCCAGUGGUGCUGAAGAUGGUUUAAUAUUUGUUUGGUCGUUAUAUCGUGUGUUGAAUGACGAACAACCUACGCCAUUGCACGCUUUCUCUCAUCAUUCGUUACCAAUAAAAGAUCUACAAUUCGGUCAUGCCGGAUCACGAGGAAGACUGUGUUCCGUAUCUCUUGAUCGAACAUGCAACAUUUACGAUCCUAGUAGUGGAUCGCUAUUGCUCACCUUUGUGUUCGACGUACCGCUCACUUCCAUUUCCAUGAACAUCCGUGAAAGUGAUUUAUUUGUGGGUUGUACCGACGGUGACAUAUAUCGAUUCAAUUUACACGAGCCACCACGUGGAAUAGAACAUCAUGUGCAGAUACGGAAAGACGGAAAUUCGGAGGGCGUGAUAGUUUUCCAGGGACACAAAUCGACCGUAGUAUCGUUGUCGAUAUCGAUCGACUGUCGAUAUCUGCUGUCAGGCUCGAUAAGCGGUGAGGUUCAUGUUUGGGAUAUAGCCAGUCAUCAGAUUCUUCGAACAAUCAAUCACAAGGGACCAAUUACUGCAGCAUUCUUUGCUAAAUAUUAUGAGAAUUUCCGGGUCACUAAUCUUAAACCAUCCUUGCAAUUGUGUAAUCUACAGAAAAUGUCUGAUGAUAAUGGGAAAGAAAGUUCUAUCGAUAUAAUUUCAAACAAUCAAAAUUUGACGGAUAUUUUAAAUUUCGAAUUAUAUACGGAAAAAAAUGUCGAUCUGACAAGAUUAGAGGAUUCAAAUUCGCAGAAACUUGUUGAGAUGAAGGAAGAAAUUGAUAGACUAAAGAAAAUUAAUACUGCUAUUUAUCAAUACAGCGUAAAACAUAUUCUGAAUAAAUCGAAUGAAAAUAUACCUUCAAUUUGAGCAUUU